AUGGGUCAAGCAGCUAGCCAGGAUGAUGCGGAACAGGGUGGACAAGCUGGCGGUGAGGAGGAGGACGACGACGGUGGCAUCAUCCCGAUGCGAUCGGACCGCUUCCUAGUGACGGACAGUGACAUUGCGUGCGAGGAAGCGGCACGAUUGACCGCAGACCAGCAAGAAGACCCAUCGCCGGACGAUGAUGAUGGAGGAUGCGAGUACCAUGAUAUGCCGCCACCACCGGACGGUGGGUACGGCUGGGUGAUCGUGUUUGCGUCCUUCAUGUGCAACAUGAUCGUGGACGGUAUCGCAUACACGUUCGGCGUGUUCCUGAACGAGUUUGUGGUGUACUUCGGCGAAGGCAAAGGCACGGUGGCUUGGGUCGGUAGCUUGCUCAGCGGCAUGUACUUAAGUGCCGGUCCGGUCGUGUCGGCAUUGGCAAACAAGUUCGGCUGUCGAGCGGUCUGUAUUGCCGGCAGUAUCAUAUCCUGUGCGGCAUUCGCGCUCAGUACACUCAGCACCUCGGUGACGAUGCUGAUGCUGACGUACGGCGUAAUGGGUGGCAUCGGCUUUGGGCUCAUCUAUCUGCCGGCCGUCGUGGCCGUCGGUUACUACUUCGAAACGAAACGUUCGCUUGCGACCGGUAUUGCUGUGUGUGGGUCCGGUUUCGGUACGUUUGCCUUUGCGCCCCUCGCCAAUUUGUUGCUGGAGAACUUCGACUGGAAAAACUCGAACCUGAUCCUGGCAGGGUUGAUCCUGAACUGCGCUGUGUUUGGUGCGAUGAUGCGGCCGCUUACUUACCCGAAGGACGACAAAGUGAAACCAUUGAUGCAGCGCAUGUACGAAGAGAAACGUCUCCAGAUGGAGCGUGGCUCUAUCAGUGGGUCGUACUUUAUGGUUCAGCUGCCCGACGGUACGAUGGAGAAAAGACUGAAAGCACCAUUGAACGCUGAUCCCGGCGUACACUCGAGCCUUGCCCUGGACCAGCUGGCGGCCCAGCAAGGUGGAAUGCAUCCGGUUGCAACGCUGCCCACUAUUUCGGAGUUUAAAACGCAGGAACAGAACGGCAGCAGUGGCUCAUCGUCCGAAUCGAGCCAGAUCGAGAUGAAGAAACCGUUGAACAAGAAGCGCAACACAAACUCCGAGUCGGAUGCGGCCGACUACGGUGGGGACAAUUUGCCCCGCAAUGCCUCACAGCCUGCCUUUACCAGCCAUCAGUCGGGUAUCCCGAAGAAUGGUUCCGUACCGACGUUCGAUCGCGUCCGCAAACACUCGACUGGAGAGCGAUUCAAACCGUCGCUGGCGGCCAUCAAGGCUAGCUCGCGGGGCGAUGUCGGUAGCAACGGUGACGUACGUAAAUCAAUGCAUCUCAGACUCUCACGCGGCUCAGUCAAUGGAAGCAAAAAUAAUAACGCUGAGGAAUUCGACGAUGGCAGCAUGUUUACCUCAAAAGCCUCGCUGAAGGCGGAUCGUCCGGUAAUGGUCCGUCCGCUGUCACGUAAGGACAUCUUCUACUCCGGCUCCGUUACCAACCUGAAAGAGUUCCAGUCGCAAAAGUCACUGACGAACUAUCGUAAUUCCGUCGUAUCACUGACCAAGUUCGAAAAGGAGCAUCGGAAUGAUGUGCGCGAUGACGUAGAGAAAGGAAGGGAAGAACAGUACGAUCUUUGUCCUUGUUUGGUGUUGCCGGAAUCGUUCAAGAAUGCGAUCGGUGCCAUGAUGGAUGUUAGUUUGCUGCGCGAUCCCGUCUUCAUGAUGAUUGGCGUUUCAAACAUUUUCGGUAUGGCCGGUCUGUACGUCCCAUUCGUGUACCUGGUCGAUGCGGCUGUUUUAGAUGGAAUUGAACAAAACUCUGCCUCCUUCCUUAUCUCGAUCAUUGGCAUUACAAACACGGUAGGACGUAUCGUGUGCGGUUAUGUGGCAGACUUCCCGCAAGUGGACGCCCUGUUUCUCAACAACAUCUGUCUAGUCAUCUCCACCGUAGCGGUCGCCCUGACGCCUUUCUGCCACAGUUACGCGGCGUACGUGGCAAUGGCCAUCGCAUUCGGUAUUGCCAUCGCUGGCUACAUUUCACUGACGUCAAUUAUUCUGGUCGAUCUGCUCGGGCUGGACAAGCUGACGAAUGCGUUCGGUUUGCUGAUUCUUUUCCGUGGUGCCGCCACGAUCGUCGGUUCACCGCUGGCCGGAGCCCUGUACGAUGCCACACAAUCUUACUCCAUACCGUUCUUUGUCGCUGGAGGACUAUUUGCCCUGUCGGCCAUUACGAGUUUUGCGGCACCAGCCAUGAAAAGAUUCCGCAAACAAUCGGAAGCACCCGUGCACGUCGAGGUGUUGACUCCGAUCGAUGAGGAACCGUCGGAAGAUUUGGCGGACGAUGAUCAACCGAUCACGAUGGUACCGAAGAUCAUACAAACCGCACCCAGCCCGUCCACGGAGCAACCAGUGACUUCGAAUAUCACCUCCACUACCACGAUUAACAACGAUGACCGUAAGCAAUCGCAGUCGAAUGGCGGAACGAAAGAUACCGCCAAGGAAGUGAGCCAGAUGGAAUCCGUUCUGUAA